GUCGCUCCUCGAGGAGAUCAGGAAUUACAACGGCGACGAUCCUUUAGAUCCGUGGGACAGGUACAUUAAGUUGGAAAUUUCUUGGUCAGAAACGAGCGGAGAUAAUUCGGAGCUGUUCGGCAUUCUCAAAAGCUGCGCUGAUACCUUUCUGAGGCGCGAGGAGUACAAGAACGAUAUUCGGUACCUACGGAUAUGGAUUCGAUAUGCGGGCCUAACAGGGGACCCUCUCAAGGUCUUUUCUCUUCUGAAGGAAGAGGGCAUCGGGUUGAGCCACAAUCUGUAUUACGAAGGACUAGCCUCGGUUCUGGAGCAUUUGCAUGACUUUAAGCAGGCUAACGCGGUCUACGGGAGAGGCUUCAAGAGGUGCAUAGAGGAAAAGUCUCAGGAGCUGCUCCAGAAGGCGUACGACGGGUUUCGCAAACGAAUGGCCAAGCGGAGUCUGCGCAAGCAGCAGCGGAAGGAGCAAGAGCAUGCGAGGCUGGUCAGUGGAAGAGAGGGAGCGAACCAAGCAUCCAGGAUCGGCUUGUCUGCGCCAGCUAACCCAUCAGCAGAUGAGCCAGCAGCAGCCGUGGGUGGAGAGCCAGAGCGGCCAGUGGGCUUGCCUCAAGAAGCGAGGUUAGCAGCAAGGGCGCCGCUCGAGGAGGAUCGUGCCGUGGGAGGUGGUGCUGUGGGAGGUGGUGCUGUGGGAGGUGGUGCUGUGGGAGGUGGUGCUGUGGAGGGUGGUGCUUUGACUGGGGACGGCAGCAGCAAUGGUGGGGACGGUCGGCGUGACUCGCAGAGAAUGGGUGCUGCUCCCCCUACUGAGCCGUCCGAUGAGAACGCCCCUCCGCUGUCUGAAUGGGACAGGUCUCAGGCAUUCAAACGGCUGAGGAGGGACUCUGACUCGGGGACGAUCAGCAUUGACAUCUUCGAGGAUGAGGAGCUGCGGAGAGGAGAGGAGGUGCAUAACGUCGGGUCGGGGAAGAGGGACUCUGCACUCGGGAUUGAGGAACAGUCUGACGAGGAUCAGUCUGACGAGGAUCAGUCUGACGAGGAUCAGUCUGACGAGGAUCAGUCUGACGAGGAUCAGUCUGACGAGGAUCAGUCUGACGAGGAUCAGUCUGACGAGGAUCAGCCUGACGAGGAUCAGUCUGACGAGGAUCAGUCUGACAAGGAUCACCCUUCGGCUGCGGGGAGGAUGCGCAGGGGGGUGGGGGGAGGCGGGCCAAAGAGGAGGGUGCUGCAGCCGCGCGUGGAGGUGCAGGGGGAUCAAGAGAGGCAUGCAGAGGUGGCACAGGAAAGGGCGAGGUGGGGUCUCGUCGGGGCUCGUCUGAAGCAGCAGAUGCUUCAAACACAGGUAGCGCAGGGCCAUCCCGGGAGCAGGAGACGAGCUUGGAAGAGCAGCGCUGCCUUUAACCCCCACUCUCUUAAUGCUCACCUCAUGCUUCCUUACGCUCACUUUAAUACCUUAUCUGAAACGUCUCUGAACUUUCUCCGUGCCCUUCCCCCAGGGCCAUGCCAGGAGCGGGAGACUUGCUUCGAGGAGCAUCGCUAUCUCUACUGGCUGCGCCACAGGAACCUGCCCCCACCGCUCUACAUGCACGCCACACCGCUCUCAACCUUGAAUGCACCGCCAAAUCCCACAGCAAACCCAGGGCCUUCAAUGGCAGAUGGCCCGCCAGACUGCUCAUUAGCUGCAUCUGAUAGAGCAGAGGCAGGGAGUGACAGGCAUGGAGGGGAGGGUACAGGGGAAGCGAGACGGGGAGAGGACGCAGGGGAAGAGACGACUGGGGAGGACGCAGGGAGGGGGGGUUGUGAGCAGUCAAGUGCGGUUGCUGAGGGGGGAGGAAGGGGAGGGGAGGCGGAGGGGGGCGAGAGGGGCGCGGGCAAUCGUGGGAGGAGGAAGAGUGGGAGUAAGGGGGAGGAGGAAGUGGAGGGGAGUGGGCUCACGGGGGGGUUGAGUGAGUUGGGUAUGGAGGAGGAGAGGGUGCAGGGCUUCAGGCAGAUGCUGGAACAGCAGAGAGGACAGGAUGCGGCUGCUGGUGGGGCUGGUGGUGGUGGUGGUGGUGCUUUUGGUGAUGCUGGUUGUCGUGGUGGGAGGGUGGAUGAGGAUUUUCUCUCCUUUGAUCGCACGGUGCAUGCGCAGGAUGACCCCACUGUGGUCUGCAGGCGCUUUCCCCAGCAUUCCAGGGCGCCGGCCUUCCCAGCCGGCCCGCCCCAGCUGGUUAACCCAUGGAGCCAGUCCCUGAGGGCGUCUCUCCUCGCCGCCCUGCACCCUCCCCUCACCGCCGAGCCUGGCUACCACCGGCACUCAGAGCCGCUGCACGUGCCGGCCAGGCUCAAGGCGCUCAGGGAAGGCAAAGCAGGAGAGCCGGUGGACCUCCUCCUUGGCAGGAGGAGUUACGAGGUGGAUCAGCUGUUAGGCAAGGGUGCAUACGCAAGGGUGUAUGGGGCCACAGAGACCCUUGCUGGGUUGGCAGACGCGGCGACAGAGAGCACUGUGGUGUUCCGCACUGUGGCCCUCAAGCUUCACUCCAAGCCAUGCCCCUGGGAGUUCUACAUCUACCGUCAGAUCCACAUGCGAAUCGACGGCCCACAGCGGCAACUGUUUGGCACGGCGUCAGCUUACCAUGAGUUCCCCAAUGCUUCCAUCCUCACAUGCUCCCUGGGCACCAACGGAACCCUGCAGGACGUGGUGAAUGCGUUUAAGAAGCAGGGCAAGCCGGUCCCGGAGCCCCUGGCUGACAGUGAGAACCCCAAGGAGAUGGUUGCUGCGAUCGAGGCCGGUGCACCUUCCACGGGCCUCACGCUGGUGGAUUACGGGCGCAGCAUUGACAUGCGGCAGUUCCCCGAAGGUUCCUCUUUUGUCUCUGACGGCGGCACGGAGAACUUCCGGUGCCCUGAGAUGGUGGAGGGGCGCCCGUGGACCACGCAGGCGGAUCUCUAUGCGGUCUGUGCCACGGCCUACUGUCUGCUGCAUGGGCAGUACAUGGAGGUAGACAGGGUGCCUGCAGGGGAAGGAGGCAAUACUGCCAGCGGCGGUGGAGCAGCGGAUGUGGAUGGUUGUGCUGAUCACAUUGCUGCUGACGCUGGCACUGCCGAGACUGCUUACUAUCGCCCAAAGCUCCACCUCAAACGGUAUUGGAACCAUGACAUGUGGCACGCGCUGUUCCACACCUACCUCAAUGUGCCUGUGGGGCAAGUUGCCCCUCCUCCAGCCCCGAUCCGCCGCCAUUUUGAGCGGUACUCGGCCGACCAUGCGAGUGACGUAUCUGUGAUGCUUCGCCGUUUGCGCAACCAGCUGUAG